AUGGCUGAAACAGCAGAUAACAACACUACUGCCGCUACCGGUGAAACUACUCAACCGUCGGCUGAAUACAUCAAGAUUAAAGUUGUUGGCCAAGACUCCAAUGAAGUCCAUUUCCGAGUCAAGUUUGGGACCAGCAUGGGAAAACUGAAGAAGGCGUACGCUGAGCGUACAGGCGUUGCGGUUAAUGCGCUUCGCUUUUUGUUCGAUGGAAGGCGCGUCAAUGACGAUGAUACUCCGAAGAGCUUGGAAAUGGAGGAGGAUGAUGUCAUUGAGGUCUACCAGGAACAGUUGGGUGGCAUGUGUUUGAUGUACAUCUGA